AAAGCCCACAGAGUCGUACACAAUAGGCAUACAGACAAUUAUACAUACGGUACAAAUACAAUUUCACUCACACUGCCACGGACACAGAGCAGCAGCUCCUCUAUUUCAGCAAAGCUUCGUACGCACACCACAGUACCCGUCAAAUGUGUAGGAGCAAUCCUUGAGAAGAAACAGAAAGAUGGCUUCUUCAGCUAGAACCAAGAUCAGCAAACUCUUCGCUCCCUCUAAUCUGCGCCGUUUUGGCCCUGGAUCCCAAUCUUUCUCCAGCUCCGCAGCUGUUGCUGUGGAGCCGCCUCCGCCGCCGUCAGCUCCUCAGGCGGAUGGGUUGAGUGGGUCGAGAAUACUGGGCUUGAUUAAGGAGUACGAGGAUUAUCGCAGGAAUUUGUAUGGUGGGCUGACGCAUAAGGCCCUACUCGUUGAUGCAGUCGGCACUCUCGUUGUUCCCUCCCAGCCCAUGGCACAGAUCUAUCGACAGAUUGGGGAAAAGUAUGGAGUUGAGUACUCCGAAGGGGAGAUAUUGAACCGAUACAGAUGGGCUUACGGGCAGCCUUGGGGUAGAUCCCGUCUCAGAUAUGUGAAUGAUGGGAGACCAUUUUGGCAAUUUAUAGUCAGUUCUUCUACCGGCUGCUCAGACUCUCAGUAUUUUGAGGAGCUGUACAACUAUUAUACCACUGAAAAGGCUUGGCAUCUAUGUGAUCCAGAUGCUGAGAAAGUGUUCCAGGCUCUCAGAAAAUCAGGAGUAAAAGUGGCUGUUGUGUCCAACUUUGACACUAGGUUAAGACCAUUGUUGAGAGCACUGAAAUGCGAUCACUGGUUUGAUGCUGUGGCAGUAUCCGCUGAAGUCGAAGCAGAGAAGCCAAAUCCUAUGAUAUUCUUGAAAGCUUGUGAAUUCUUGGGAGUACAACCUGAGGAUGCUGUACAUGUUGGAGAUGAUCGAAGAAACGACAUAUGGGGCGCCAGAGAUGCCGGUUGUGAUGCCUGGCUGUGGGGCAGUGAUGUUAAAUCCUUCAAGGAGGUUGCUCAAAGAAUAGGAGUUCAGGUGUGAGUGAAAGCGGAACAUCUCUUCGAGUAGAGAUGCUGGCGAUGUAUGAAACGGCAUCGUUGUAUAUAUUGUAGCUUGCUUCCAUCUUGUUUUUAUAUCAAUACGAGGGAGAUGAGAGAGUCCAUUGUAGAGUUAGAAUAAAGAGCAUAACUGAACUGGCUUUCACUCUUUCUGGUUAUUUGUUGCAAACUUCAGCCAAUUUAUGUGAUGGCUGCUGUGUAAGAGUUCUCUUUAGACAUGUUCUGCCUUUCUGAAAAAUUUGACUUCCUUACACCUAGGGA